CUUGUUAGCGGGGCCCAUUAAUUCCCUGAUGGCCCAUCAUCCCCCGCCCUUUCUGCUGGGGGGUAUAAAGGGGGCCAGGGCCAGCCCAGAGGAGCUAGUCCUCUUGAGGAACCCCAGAAGCCCCAGAGGAGGAAGAGGAAGAUGAUGAGGACAAUGAAGCUCCUGUCGCUGCUGCUGCUGCUCACCUGGGCACCUGCCUGGCCUGCCAAGCCCACCUGGGGCUCCGAAGACACCCGGAACCAGGCGCUGAAGCAGCUGCUGGAGGUCUUUGGCAUCGAGGAGCCCCCCCAGGGUCCCCUCUACUUCAAGGAGCCCCCCCAGUACAUGGUGGACCUCUACAACACCGUGGCCGACGCCGAUGGGGUCACCAAAGACCCCCACCGCCUGGCAGGCAACACCGUGCGCAGCUUCCUGGACCGGACUGAGCUGGUUCACUUGAAACUGGGCUGGGCUCAUCCUUGGACCCCGGAGGGGAAUCGGAUGGGAAUCGGAGUCCCUCCGGACAAACUGGCAGAGCUGGGGGUCAGCAUUUACCAGGUGCUGGACAAGGACCACCCAGAAGACCCCGAGGGGAAGAGGCUGCUCUCCACCCGGCUGAUGGCCCUGCAGGGCUUCGGCUGGGAGAUUUUUCCCAUCACCCACGCGGUCCAUGAAUGGGUGGCCGAAGAGAGCCGCAACCAGGGCCUGCUGGUGACGGUGCAGGGCCUCGGAGGGGCCCCCCUGGACCCCGACACCGUGCAGUUCGCCUCGGGCAGGGACCACCACCCCAGCAAGAAGCCCAUGCUGGUCUUGUUUACGGAUGACAGGCAGCGGGAGGCGGCCUUGCCCAGCGCCUUCCCCGGUCUGACUUCUCUCCCGGAGCCCCCCUCCAACCACAGCCGCGGCCCCCGCUCGGCCGAGAUCUCCCUGCCCUGCCAGCGCUACCCGCUCCCGGUGGACUUCGACGAGAUCGGCUGGACGGGCUGGGUCAUCUCGCCGCACGGCUACAACGCCUACCACUGCAAGGGCGCCUGCCACUUCCCGCUGGGCCAGUCCAUGCGGCCCACCAACCACGCCACCGUCCAGUCCAUCAUCCACGCCCUGAAGAUCAGCCCGGAGGUCCACGUCCCCUGCUGCGUCCCGGACAAGCUCUUCUCCAUCAACCUGCUCUACUUCGACGACACUGAGACGGUGGUCUUGAAACAGUACAACGGCAUGGUGGCCGGCAGCUGCGGGUGCCACUGA